AUGGGGCCUGUUCGUGUUCUCGAUGAAUAUGUUUUACAAGACUUGCAAAAGCUUUUCAGAUCACCAAUACGCGCUGAUAUAGAUGAACGAAGAGCGAUUCUUCGACAAUAUAUUCAAGUCUUAAAGAGCCGUGAUAUCAAAAUUCGAGAAACUUACCAAGAAGACGGAGCAGGAGACAAUCCUCGCUCUGUGACAGUUUACGUGCCAACCAAGUUACCCCUGACCGCUGAAAAUUUCGCAAAGGGAAACCCUGAAUUUGUUUAUUAUUUUAUAAAGCAUGUUCUUCCGGGCGGACCCAAAUAUAUCAAUUAUGGCUGCUGUCCGCAUCCAUUUGAUAACCGAUUAUAUCGAUAUCCAGUCAUCUCAACUGGAUGCGGCUACAAAUCUGGCUGGAAUGAAAACAUGCCUCUUUCAGAAGAAGACGAAAUGCUGAUGGAAUGCACUGGUUGGAAUCAAGCUCAACUUUGGGAAGGGAUGAAAAGAGUUCAAUCAGCAUUGGAUUCAAGUCAUUGCUGUGCACUCUAUUUCAAACUUGUCGUCUGCGCGUUCAUCUUGUUCUUUUUCGUUAUGGCGUUCAUUGACCCUACUCAUCCUUUUCAUGAUGCUCUUGCUGGCUAA